AUGGCGGCUAAGAUUGCAGUACUACUGUGCCUAUUCGGUCUGACUCGUGCCGGAACUCUCUACAGUGGUUCCGCGCUCGGAUACUCGUCCGGGCUAGGAUACGCAACAAACUUGGGUCAUCGAUCCGGACUGGAAUACGCAACUGGCCUAGGACAAGGCGCUGAUCUCGGAUAUGAAGCGAGCCUAGGACACGGAGAAGGCCUAGGAUACAGAACUGGAUACUCAAACGACCUUGGAUAUGCUUCUCAAGAUUAUGGCGGUUAUGGCGCAAGUGCCGCGCACACCAGACCAGAUAUUUCCACCGUCUCCCAGUAUAACAUACACACGGCCCCUAUUGCAAAGACUUACGCUGCGCCAGUCGCUGCUUACUCUUCAACAUAUGGUGCUCACAGAGCAUAUGGCCGAGCAAUAUCUUAUAGGGGCCAGGGUCACGGAGGCUAUGGAUUUGGAGGAUUUGGUACUGCAUAUGGCGGUUAUGGAAGAAAAUACACAUUGUAA